AUGAGGUGAGCUAUGGUGUGCGCGCGUAUCUAUUUCACUCAAGGUCUCGACCUUCCAUUCCAUGUACAUGAAUGCGUACAGAGAGGCACACUAAUAGAUCCUUACAAAAUGCAUUACAAAAGCAAAUGAUGUACACAAAUCACCCACACAGGACCCUAACACAGUACUGCUAAUUUUUUUGUAUUUCUUUCUUUUCUCCUUUUCUCUCUAUCCAGUGGGAUCCCAGGGAAGAAGUGUGGGAACAUCAUAUUCACCGCUGAGGAACUGAGUAACUGCAGGGUCAGUAACACACACACACACGUUGUUUCGUUUAUCUCUGGUUAUCACACACACACACCUGUCGGGUUGACAGCCUCUUUACAAGGCUGUCCACAAUGCUUUGUUCUCAUUUGUGUAAAGUACUUAAGUAAAAAUACUUUAAUGUACUACUUAAGUCGUUUUUUGGGGGUAUCUGUACUUUACUUUACUAUUUAUAUUUUUACUACUUUUACUUUUACUUCACUACAUUCCUAAAGAAAAUAAUGUAUUUUUUACUCCAUACAUUUUCCUUGACACCCAAAAGUACUCGUUACAUUUUGAAUGCUUAGCAGGACAGGAAAAUAGUCCAAUUCACUCACUUAUCAAGAGAACAUCCCUGGUCAUCCCUACUGCCUCUGAUCUGGCGGACUCACUAAACACACAUGCUUCGUUUGUAAAUUAUGUCUGAGUGUUGGACUGUGCCACUGGCUAUAUGUACAUUAAAAUAACAAGAAAAUGGUGCCGUCUGGUUUGCUUAAUAUAAGGAAUAUGAAAUGAUUUAUACUUUUACUUUUACUUUUGAUAUUUAAGUAUAUUUGAGCAAUUAUAUUUACUUUUGAUACUUAAGUAUAUAAAACCAAAUACAUUUAGACUUUUACUCAAGUAGUAUUUACUGGGUGACUUUCACUUUUACUUGUCAUUUUCUAUUAAGGCUUCUUUGCUUUUACUCAAGUAUGACAGCUGGGUACUUUUUCCAACACUGUGAGGACAUAAAAUUGAUUUCCAUUAUAAUCCUAUUUUUCCCUAACCCUAACCCUAACCUUAACCCAUAACCCUAACCCAAACCCUAAACCUAAACUUAACUCUUAACCCUAACCACUAACCCCUUACCCUAACCCUAAUUCUACCCCUACCCCUAAUUGUAACCCUAACCCCAAACUUAACCCCUAAACUUAAAAUAGCCUUUGUCCUCAUGGGGAUGUGGGAAAAGUCCCCACGAGAGAGAAUUUUCCUUGUUUUACUAUCUUUGUGGGGACUUUUGGGGAUUUUAGGUUCCCACAAGGAUAGAAGAAUCAACACACACACACAAAGAUUUGAGACAGAAAUAAUAAAUACAACAACAAGAACAACAAAGCAACAACAACAUAUCUCUACUAGGACAUAUCUAUACUAGGUCAUAUCUCUACUAGGACAUAUCUCUACUUUAGGCUAGUCAUAUCUCUACUAGGUCAUAUCUAUACUAGGACAUAUCUAUACUAGGUCAUAUCUCUACUAGGACAUAUCUCUGCUAGGUCAUAUCUAUACUAGGUCAUAUCUCUACUAGGUCAUAUCUCUACUAGGACAUAUCUCUACUAGGUCAUAUCUCUACUUUAGGCUAGAACAUAUCUCUACUUCAGGCUAGAUCAUAUCUCUACUAGGUCAUAUCUCUACUUUAGGCUAGAACAUAUCUCUACUAGGUCAUAUCUCUACUUUAGGCUAGAACAUAUCUCUACUAGGUCAUAUCUCUACUUUAGGCUAGAUCAUAUCUCUACUAGGUCAUAUCUCUACUUUAGGCUAGAACAUUUCUCUACUAGGUCAUAUCUCUACUUUAGGCUAGGUCAUAUCUCUACUUUAGGCUAGAUCAUAUCUCUACUAGGUCAUAUCUCUACUUUAGGCUAGAACAUUUCUCUACUAGGUCAUAUCUCUACUUUAGGCUAGGUCAUAUCUCUACUUUAGGCUAGGUCAUAUCUCUACUUUAGGCUAGAUCAUAUCUCUACUAGGACAUAUCUCUACUUUAGGCUAGAACAUUUCUCUACUAGGUCAUAUCUCUACUUUAGGCUAGAACAUAUCUCUACUAGGUCAUAUCUCUACUUUAGGCUAGAUCAUAUCUCUACUAGAACAUAUCUCUACUUUAGGCUAGAACAUUUCUCUACUAGGUCAUAUCUCUACUUUAGGCUAGGUCAUAUCUCUACUUUAGGUUAGAUCAUAUCUCUACUAGGUCAUAUCUCUACUUUAGGCUAGAUCAUAUCUCUACUAGGACAUAUCUCUACUAGGUCAUAUCUCUACUAGGACAUAUCUCUACUAGGUCAUAUCUCUACUAGGUCAUAUCUCUACUUUAGGCUAGGUCAUAUCUCUACUUUAGGCUAGAUCAUAUCUCUACUAGGUCAUAUCUCUACUUUAGGCUAGAUCAUAUCUCUACUAGAACAUAUCUCUACUUUAGGCUAGAACAUUUCUCUACUAGGUCAUAUCUCUACUUUAGGCUAGGUCAUAUCUCUACUUUAGGUUAGAUCAUAUCUCUACUAGGUCAUAUCUCUACUUUAGGCUAGAUCAUAUCUCUACUAGGACAUAUCUCUACUAGGUCAUAUCUCUACUAGGACAUAUCUCUACUAGGUCAUAUCUCUACUAGGUCAUAUCUCUACUUUAGGCUAGGUCAUAUCUCUACUUUAGGCUAGGUCAUAUCUCUACUUUAGGCUAGAACAUAUCUCUACUAGGUCAUAUCUCUACUUUAGGCUAGAACAUUUCUCUACUAGGUCAUAUCUCUACUUUAGGCUAGAACAUAUCUCUACUAGGUCAUAUCUCUACUUUAGGCUAGAAUCCUAUAGUCAUAUCUCUACUUAGGUAGACAUUCUUCAUCUCUACUUUAGGCUAGAUCAUAUCUCUCCCUCAGUCUCCACCUUUCCUUUUCUUAUUUCUUCAUUCCAUUGUGUAUGUAUUUAUCAUAUUCUCAUCUAUUCAACAUCAUGACAGGGAAUAUAAAAUAGUGGUAAUGUCCCAAAAGGAUCCUAUUAACUACAUAGCAAACUACUUUUGACCAGAACCCUUUGGGAGUGCACUAUAUAGGGAAUAGGGUGCCAUUUGGGACGCAGCCAGUGAAAAGAUUAUCAUUCUGUCAGGGUAAUGCAGACAACAAUAUUGGAAUAAAUAUACAUCCUGACAGUGAAUAACGACAGUGACGAUUCCCCUCAGUUAUGAAUUAUUUAUCUCUCUAUCUCAAAUGUUUUCCUCUUUUUCUUGGUGGCUGAAUAAUUAAAUAGAGACAGGUCAUGUUCCGUUAUUACGUCUCUCUCUCUCUCUCUCUCUCUCUCUCUCUCUCUCUCUCUCUCUCUCUCUCUCUCUCUCUCUCUCUCUCUCUCUCUCUCUUUCUCAGUUUGACUUCCUGGGAAUGAUUUAUCUAAUGAUUGAGAAAACAGAGGAAUACCCAUUGAGAUGAAGUAUCAUUCUUAUUCCAUCUCUAUUGGGGGUAUCGUGAUUGGGCUCUGAAAACGUGCAUAUGUAUGCAUAGUUAAGUUCUGUAUCAUCAAACAUAGAGAAUAUAUUAAAGUGUAUCGUUCAUUACAGAAAGAGAAAGGAAGGGGCAUGCUGCGUGCCAGAUUAAAUGUUGUGUUUACUCUGCCACCUCGCCCAGAUCUCCGAAAGGUGUGAUUUCCACAGGAUGUCGCGCUCAUAAAAAUAUAAUUACCAAAAAUGGUAAAACUCGUUCAAGUCAAUGUUCUGUGAUGUCUCCGUUCUAGUUCUAUUCUGUUUAUACAGGUGGGCUGCUCCUCCUCGGUAGAUAUUUGCUCAACCAAAUGAGUCUUUUGUUUUGGCUUUCUCAGAGGUUUCCCUGUGAAAUAUGAUGAAUAUGGAUGUUGUCAUUGAGGUGCAUAUGCACAUACAUAUGCACAGCAUACUUGUUAAAGUUGCAAUAUGCAGAAAUCGCUCCGCCAUUUCCUGGUUGCUAAAAUUCUAAUAGUUUGCCUAAUUUCAGUUUGUGACAAAAAAAGCAGUGUAGAUAAUUUAUUGUACCAUCUAAACCGCUGUGAAAUAUCUUUUCAAUAUCCAUAACUAUAGUAUUUUCAGCUUUUUGAAGCUGGUGUACAAAACCUAAAGUAAAAGAUGCAAAAACUAAACUUAAGAAAGACAAGUAUAGAAAUAGCGUACAUAGAACAUACAGUGGGGAAAAAAAGUAUUUAGUCAGCCACCAAUUGUGCAAGUUCUCCCACUUAAAAAGAUGAGAGAGGCCUGUAAUUUUCAUCAUAGGUACACGUCAACUAUGGCAGACAAAUUGAGAAAAAAAAAUCCAGAAAAUUACAUUGUAGGAAUUUUAAUGAAUUUAUUUGCAAAUUAUGGUGGAAAAUAAGUAUUUGGUCACCUACAAACAAGCAAGAUUUCUGGCUCUCACAGACCUGUAACUUCUUCUUUAAGAGGCUCCUCUGUCCUCCACUCGUUACCUGUAUUAAUGGCACCUGUUUGAACUUGUUAUCAGUAUAAAAGACACCUGUCCACAACCUCAAACAGUCACACUCCAAUCUCCACUAUGGCCAAGACCAAAGAGCUGUCAAAGCACACCAGAAACAAAACUGUAGACCUGCACCAGGCUGGGAAGACUGAAUCUGCAAUAGGUAAGCAGCUUGGUUUGAAGAAAUCAACUGUGGGAGCAAUUAUUAGGAAAUGGAAGACAUACAAGACCACUGACAAUCUCCCUCGAUCUGAGGCUCCACGCAAGAUCUCACCCCGUGGGGUCAAAAUGAUCACAAGAACGGUGAGCAAAAAUCCCAGAACCACACGGGGGGACCUAGUGAAUGACCUGCAGAGAGCUGGGACCAAAGUAACAAAGCCUACCAUCAGUAACACACUACGCCGCCAGGGACUCAAAUCAUGCAGUGCCAGACGUGUCCCCCUGCUUAAGCCAGUACAUGUCCAGGCCCGUCUGAAGUUUGCUAGAGUGCAUUUGGAUGAUCCAGAAGAGGAUUGGGAGAAUGUCAUAUGGUCAGAUGAAACCAAAAUAUAACUUUUUGGUAAAAACUCAACUCGUCGUGUUUGGAGGACAAAGAAUGCUGAGUUGCAUCCAAAGAACACCAUACCUACUGUGAAGCAUGGGGGUGGAAACAUCAUGCUUUGGGGCUGUUUUUCUGCAAAGGGACCAGGACGACUGAUCCGUGUAAAGGAAAGAAUGAAUGGGGCCAUGUAUUGUGAGAUUUUGAGUGAAAAUCUCCUUCCAUCAGCAAGGGCAUUGAAGAUGAAACGUGGCUGGGUCUUUCAGCAUGACAAUGAUCCCAAACACACCGCCCUGGCAACGAAGGAGUGGCUUCGUAAGAAGCAUUUCAAGGUCCUGGAGUGGCCUAGCCAGUCUCCAGAUCUCAACCCCAUAGAAAAUCUUUGGAGGGAGUUGAAAGUCCGUGUUGCCCAGCGACAGCCCCAAAACAUCACUGCUCUAGAGGAGAUCUGCAUGGAGGAAUGGGCCAAAAUACCAGCAACAGUGUGUGAAAACCUUGUGAAGACUUACAGAAAACGUUGGACCUGUGUCAUUGCCAACAAAGGGUAUAUAACAAAGUAUUGAGAAACUUUUGUUACUGACCAAAUACUUAUUUUCCACCAUAAUUUGCAAAUAAAUUCAUAAAAAAUCCUACAAUGUGUUUUUCUGGAUUUUUUUUUCUCAUUUUGUCUGUCAUAGUUGACGUGUACCUAUGAUGAAAAUUACAGGCCUCUCUCAUCUUUUUAAGUGAGAGAACUUGCACAAUUGGUGGCUGACUAAAUACUUUUUUUCCCCACUGUAUCUACUGAUUCUUAGACUUGCUUUCAAUGAGAGUGACAGAUCUAUAACUCACAUUUCUAUGUGCUUUGGUUAGGUCGCCCAAAAAGUUACAUAUUGCAGCUUUAACUUGACAUUUUCAAUUACUUUUACCAUUACAUCUCUUGGUACUUAUAGUAACUCUUUAUCCUAUUACAUGGUUACUAACCUUUUACUGCAGUGGGCUAAAUCAGGGUCACACAGAGUGUUUCUGGAUAGUCUUAAAACCAAUCUACUUUGAAACAAAAGUAUACACCUCACACACAUGGUUAUUGGCUUUAAAAAAAUAAGACACUUGUACCAUGUCAGAUAUUUGAGUUGAAAUGUAUUACAUUUGAGAUUGUAUCCCAAAAUUACGCUUUAUAUACAUCACAGAAGACUGAAAUAUAACAAACCGUUUGACAUAGAAACACUGGAUAUCGGCAGGUUUUUUAAAAUUAAUGUUUAUUAUUAUGAAAUAAAAUAAAAUAUUAAUAACAUUCCACCUUUGAGGCCACUAGAAGGUGAUUUGGUCAUUUGACUGCAGGAAAGGUCUACAGUCGUGGUAUUGGUCUUCACAAAGUGUGCUGCUUCAGUGUAAUGAGAUAUCUUUGUCAGAUGAUACUAUGGUAUACUGAAGUAUAAUUACAAGCAUUCCAUAAGUGUCAAAGGCUUUUAUUGACAAUUACAUUAAGUUUAUGCAAAGAGUCAAUAUUUGCGGUGUUGAACCUUCUUUUUCAAGACCUCUGCAAUCCGCCCUGGUAUGCUGUCAAUUAAUUUCUGGGCCACAUCCUGACUGAUGGCAGCCCAUUCUUGCAUAAUCAAUGCUUGGAGUUUGUCAGAAUUUGUGGGUUUUUGUUUAUCCACCCGCCUCUUGAGGAUCGACCACAAGUUCUCAAUGGGAUUAAGGUCUGGGGAGUUUCCUGGCCAUGGACCCAAAAUGUCGAUGUUUUGUUCCCCGAGCCACUUUGUUAUCACUUUUUCCUUAUAGCAAGGUGCUCCAUCAUGAUGGAAAAGGCAUUGGUCGUCACCAAACUGUUCUUGGAUGGUUGGGAGAAGUUGUUCUGAUGUGUUGGUACCAUUCUUUAUUCAUGGCUGUGUUCUUAGGAAAAAUUGUGAGUGAGCCCACUCCCUUGGCUGAGAAGCAACCCCACACAUGAAUGGUCUCAGGAUGCUUUACUGUUGACAUGACACAGGACUGAUGGUAGCGCUCACCUUGUCUUCUCCGGACAAGGUGUUUUCCAUAUGCCCCAAACAAUCGGAAAGGGGAUUCAUCAGAGAAAAUGACUUUACCCCAGUCCUCAGCAGUCCAAUCCCUGUACCUUUUGCAGAAUAUCAGUCUGUCCCUGAUGUUUUUCCUGGAGAGAAGUGGCUUCUUUGCUGCCCUUCUUGACACCAGGCCAUCCUCCAAAAGUCUUCGCCUCACUGUGCAUGCAGAUGCACUCACACCUGCCUGCUGCCAUUCCUGAGCAAGCUCUGCACUGGUGGUGCCCUGAUCCCGCAGCUGAAUCAACUUAAGAACAAUGAUUUCAAGCACCACCCUCCUUUUAAAGCUUCCAGUCUGUUAUUCUAACUCAAUCGGCAUGCCAGAGUCAUCUCCAGCCUUGUCCUCGUCAACACUCUCACCUGUGUUAAUGAGAGAAUCACUGACAUGAUGGCAGCUGGUCCUUUUGUAGCAGGGCUGAAAUGCAAUGGAAAUGUUUUUUUUGGGAUUAAGUUCAUUUUCAUGGCAAAGAGGGACUUUGCAAUUAAUUGCAAUUCAUUUGAUCACUCUUCAUGACAUUCUGUAAUAUAUGCAAAUUGCCAUCAUCAAAACUGAGGCAGCAGACUUUGUGAAAAUUAGUAUUUGUGUCAUUCUCAAAACUUUUGACCACGACUGUGUAGUGCUGUCAUAGAAAGUGUGUCGACUUGUUGCUGAAUCCAACCUGUCAACCCCUAAACCAUCUCCAAACAAGAAUCAACCUUUCUCAUAAACACUUGGUCGGAAAAAUUGUUAAAAGCAACAUGUUUAUUUUUGAAUAUGUUAAAAUAGUGAUGUUUAGCCAUUGUAGUUACAGUGCCUUCAGAAAGUGUUCAUACCCCUUGACUUAUUCCACAUUUUGUUGUGUUACUUUGUUUUCUCACCCAUCUACACACAAUACCCCAUAAUAACAAAGUGAAAACAUAUUUUUAGAAAUGUUUGCAAAUGUAUUGAAAAUGAAAUACUGAAAUAUGUAAUUUACUUAAAGUGCAUUCGGAAAGUAUUCAGACCCCUUCCGUUUUUCCACCUUUUGUUUAUGUUACAGCCUUAUUUUAAAAUGGAUUAAAUAAAUACAAAUCCUCAUCAAUCUACACACAAUACCCCAUAAUGACAAAGCGAAAACAGGUUUUUAGAAAUGUUUGCAAAUGUAUUACAUAUAAAAAACAGAAAUACCUUAUUUACAUAAGUAUUCAGACCCUUUGCUAUGAGACUCGAAAUUGAGCUCAGGUACAUCCUGUUUCCGUUGAUCAUCCUUGAGAUGUUUCUACAACUUGAAUGGCGUCCACUUGUGGUAAAUUCAAUUGAUUGGACAUGAUUUGGAAAGGCACACACCUGUCUAUAUAAGUUCCCACAGUUGACAGUGCAUGUCAGAGCAAAAACCAAGCCAUGAGGUCAAAGGAAUUGUCCGUAGAGCUCUGAGACAGGAUUGUGUCGAGGCACAGAUCUGGGGAAGGUUACCAAAAAAUGUCUGCAGCAUUGAAGGUCCCCAGGAACACAGUGGCCUCCAUCGUUCAUAAAUGGAAGAAGUUUGGAAUCACCAAGACUCUUCCUAGAGCUGGCCGCCGGCCAAACUGAGUAAUCGGGGGAGAAGGGCCUUGGUCAGGGAGGUGACCAAGAACCCGAUGAUCUCUCUAAAGAGCUCCAGAGUUCCUCUGUGGAGAUGGGAGAACAUUCCAGAAGGACAACCAUCUUUGCAGCACUCCAUCAAUCCAGACGGAAGCCACUCCUCAGUAAAAGGCACACGACAGCCCGCUUGGAGUUUGCCAAAAGGCACCUAAAGGACUCUCAGACCAUGAGAAACAAGAUUAUCUGGUCUGAUGAAACCAAGAUUGAACUCUUUGGCCUGAAUGCCAAGUGUCACGUCUGGAGGAAACCUGGCACCAUCCCUACAGUGAAGCAUGGUGAUGGCAGCAUCAUGCUGUGGGGAUGUUUUUCAGCAGCAGGGACUGGGAGACUAGUCAGCAAAUUACAGAGAGAUCCUUGAUGAAAACCUGCUCCAGAGUGCUCAGGACCUCAGACUGGGGCAAAGAUUCACCUUCCAACAGGACAACAACCCUAAGCAGGAGUUGCUUCGGGACAAGUCUCUGAAUGUCCUUGAGUGGCCCAGCCAGAGCCCGGACAUGAACCCCAUCGAACAUCUCUGGAGAGACCUGAAAAUUGCUGUGCAGCGAUGCUCCCCAUCCAACCUGACAGAGCUUGAGAGGAUCUGCAGAGAAGAAUGGGAGAAACUCCCCAAAUACAGGUGUGCCAAGCUUGUAGCGUCAUACCCAAGAAGACUCAGGUCUGUAAUCGCUGACAAAGGUGCUUCAACAAAGUACUGAGUAAAGGGUCUGAAUACUUAUGUAAAUGUGAGAUUUCCUUUUUUUAUUUGUUUUUUUUUGGGCCCAAAAAUCUAGAAACCUAUUUUUGUUUUGUCAUUAUGGGGUAUUGUGUGUAGAUUGAUGAGAGAAAAUAACUAUUUAAUACUUUUUAGAAUAAGGCUGUAACAUAACAAAAUACGGAAGAAGUCAAGGGGUCUGAAUACUUUCCAAAUUCUCUGUAACUAUUCACACCCUGAGUCAAAACUUUGUAGAAGCACCUUUGGUGGCGAUUAAUACCACCACCUUGGUUUAAUGUUUAGACUUGUCUGAGACUUGUAUUUUCUUUCAGGACAUUGCCACUAUGCAGCUGUGUGCCAACAAGCUGGACAAAAAAGACUUCUUCGGCAAGUCAGACCCAUUCCUGGUCUUCUACCGCAGCAAUGAAGACGGAACGUGAGUGUGUGUGUUUAUGUGUGCGUAUCGAGAUGAGUUAACUUCCCACAUCGUCUGUUAUGUAGAUCCAGCUAUAGGCCUUUGCCUCAACCCCAAAAUGAAUGGAAAAUAUAAUAUCUGUUGAUAUCAAAAUGUUGAUUUUGGAGAGAACAAACGCUUUCAUUUCCUUGGUGUUUGUGGUGGAUACCUCUAUGCCUUGAAAAAAACAUUGUAAAGUGGUUAUCCCACUGGCUAUGAGGUGAAUGCACCUAUUUGUAAGUCGCUCUGGAUAAGAGCGUCUGCUAAAUGACGUAAAUGUAAAUGUAAUGUAAAUGCUGUGUACCCAUAUCAUAGACAUUCAAAAUGAUCGUCUCGUUUGCCAUCACUGGCGUCAGGAAUUUCUUUGGGUCCAUACAAAUAUAAUUACUAGGGGGGGAAGCCCAUCACACCACGGCCAUUCGACUGCACCCUUAUAAGUAAUUAUAUUUCUGUAGGUUCACCAUAUUCUUUGGUAUUUGUGGUUAAUACCUUUUCCAUCCCUGUACAGUAUCUGUACUCAGAGCUCCUUGUGUGUUCUGUGUCCUGUAGGUUCACCAUCUGCCAUAAGACAGAGGUGAUAAAGAAUACUCUGAACCCUGUGUGGCAGCCCUUCACCAUCCCUGUACGAGCCCUCUGUAAUGGAGACUAUGAUAGGUGAGUGACACACGGACAGCCAACUGCAUGGGUCAAAUAUCACUUAGCACCUAGGGUAAAGAGAUGACCACAUGAGCUAUUUUGGGGGAUUUCAGCAGAAGCUUUCAUCCAGAGCAACCUAAUAAAUUAUAUUUAUUUAUUUAUUUCAUUGUGCUUUCUAUUACAGAAAGAAUCUCAAAGCGCUUUUAAAGAACACAAAAAACAAGCAAUGUAAAAAUGAGUAUAGGCUACAGCAGUAUAUUCUCCAGUAUGGUCCAUGCCAGAAUCAAACUCUGAUGUUGCCAGCACCUUGCUAGCUGAGCCAUUGGAAAGGCUUUGGGACUAAGUCUUUGUGCUUUUGUCACUGUCCGCCCUCAAUCUAAAGGACUAUGGAAUGUUGCUGUAGCAUGAUUUACUACAGUACCCAUAAUGCUCUGUGGUGGUCAGAAUAAUGCCAGCAGUCGGCCAUAUUGUCUCAGAGGCCAGCGCUGGUGUUAUUGGGACCAACAUGGAGGUUCCACGAUGUUUCGUUUAUCUCUGGUUAUCAAACGCACGCACGCACGCACACACACACACACACACACACACACACACACACGCACGCACGCACACACACACACACACACACACACACAAACUAUUACUUUGGAAUUUAUUGUUAGUGGGUACAGCUUUUUAUCCUUGUGAAUUAUGAUUCAUGCGAAUUAAUUGUAUUAUAUUGUUAAUUAAUUAAAUGAACAGUAUAUUGUAUCCUAUUUACAGUGGUUUGCGAAAGUAUUUACCCCCCUUGGCAUUUUUCCCAUUUUGUUGCCUUACAACCUUGUCACGCCCUGGCUCUAGGGACUCUUUUAAGUUGAGCCAGGGUGUGUAGAGUUUAUGUUUUGUGCUCGUUGUGUCUAGUCUAGUUUUUGUAUAUCUAUGUUGGCCAGAGUGGUUCUCAAUCAGAGGCAACGAGUAUCAGCUGUUGCUGGUUGUCUCUGAUUGGGAACCAUAUUUAGUCAGGUGGUUUUCCCACAGUGUUUGUGGGAUCUUGUUCCGUGUUGGUUUGUGUUUUGCACCUGUGGACGUCACGUAUCGAUUUGUUGUUUUGUUCGUGUAUCAUUUAAUAAAUAAAUAAGUAUGUUCACCUUCCACGCUGCGCCUUGGUCCUCUAUAUCCGACGAUCGUGACAGAAGAUCCCACCAAUACAGGACCAAGCAGCGUGCCCAGGCAGGAGAGGAGAAGCGGCGCCAACCGGGCAGUCGUCGGACAGGCGAGGGGCACCCCCAAUAAAUUUUUAGGGGGGGCACAUGGCAGGGACGACAGGGCCACUGGAGGCAGAUAAGGGGCGAGUUGGUGGACGAGGAGAGAAGGCCACCGGGUUACGGGAGCCAUUGGUGUAUAGAGGGAAGGAAAAUGUAGAGGCACGGCGAGAGGUACUGAAGUGUGUUGCCAGUCCGGUCCGGCCCGUUCCUGAUCCCCGUGUAAGGCCAGUGGUGUGUGUUCCCAGUACGGUCCGGCCUGUUCCUGUCCAUCGCGCCAAGCCUAUGGUGCGCAUCGCCAGCCCGGCCCGGCCUGUUCCUGCCCCUCGCACCAAGCCUAUGGUGCGCGUCGCCAGCCUGGCCCGGCCUGUUCCUGCUCCCCGCACCAAGCCAAUGGUGCGCGUCGCCAGCCCGGCCCGGCCCGUUCCUGCUCCCCGCACCAAACCUGUGGUGCGCAUCGCCAGCCCGGCCCGGCCUGUUCCUGCUCCCCGCACCAAGCUAGUGGUGCGCGUCGCCAGCCCGGCCCGGCCUGUUCCUGCUCCCCGCACCAAACCUGUGGUGUGCAUCGCCAGCCCGUGCCCGUUUCACCGGUGCCUGGUCAGGUACCAAAGUGGCUUCCUCGCUGCCCUUCUUGACACCAGGCCAUCCUCCAAAAGUCUUCGCCUCACUGUGCGUGCAGAUGCACUCACACCUGCCUGCUGCCAUUCCUGAGCAAGCUCUGCACUGGUGGUGCCCCGAUCCCGCAGCUGAAUCAACUUUAGGAGUCGGUCCUGGCGCUUUCUGGACUUUCUUGGGUGCCCUGAAGUCUUCUUCACAACAAUUGAACCUCUCUCCUUGAAGUUCUUGAUGAUCCGAUAAAUGGUUGAUUUAGGUGUAAUCUUAAUAGCAGCAAUAUCCUUGCCUGUGAAUCCCUUUUUGUGCAAAGCAAUGAUGACGGCACGUGUUUCCUUGCAGGUAACCAUGGUUAACAGAGGAAGAGCAAUGAUUUCAAGCACCACCCUCCUUUUAAAGCUUCCAGUCUGUUAUUCUAACUCAAUCAGCAUGACAGAGUGAUCUCCAGCCUUGUCCUCGUCAACUCUCUCACCUGUGUUAACGAGAGAAUCACUGACAUGAUGUCAGCUGGUCCUUUUGUGGCAGGGCUGAAAUGCAGUGGAAAUGUUUUUUUGGGAUUAAGUUCAUUUUCAUGGCAAAGAGGGACAUUGCAAUUAAUUGCAAUUCAUCUGAUCACUCUUCAUAACAUUCUGGAGUAUAUGCAAAUUGACAUCAUAAAAACUGAGGCAGCAGACUUUGUGAAAAUUAAUAUUUGUGUAAUUCUCAAAAUUUUUGACCACGACUGUACAUAAUAAUUUUGACUGGGUAAAUCCUUUAAGCUAUUUCUAUACUUCAUCACCACAGAUUUUUCAAGGAGAGUGAAAAUGCAUCUGUUUGACCAUUUGAGAAUAUAAUCUGUGUGACCAUUUGAGAUUAUGUUUGAACAUUUCUCCAUAGGUGGUGGGUGAACUACUGUAUGCCUCAUAUUUCACAGACUUGGAACACACAGACACACACACACACACACACCUCUCUGUGAUUCUCAUCUUUCUCUCUCUUCUUCCCUCUAUCCAGGACGGUCAAGGUGGAUGUGUAUGAUUGGGACCGAAAUGGAAGGUAAUUUUCUCUCUCUCUCUCGCUCUCUCUCUUUCUCUCUCUAUUCUCUCUUCCACUCCCCCUCGUUUCUUCCUUCAUUCAUUUCAUUUACCAUCUCCAGAGAGCCUCAGACGCUCCAAAUCUCCCUCAAAUGUCAUCCCUCAUUCUUUCUCUGGAGGGAAAUCUCAAUGAGGGGGACUGUCCCUCAUAAGGGUUCGGGUUAAGGUUAGGGUUGGCACACACAAACAUAAAUCACUGACUGGAACUUUAAAGAUAUUAUCAGAUGUGAUAUCAGAAUGGAGAGUGUUCACGAUGUGAGUGUUGACCUCCUCCCUCCAUCUCUCCCUUCCUCUCUCCCUCCUUUCAUCUCUCUAUUCCUUCUUUAUGGGGGAAAUGUGAGUGUUGACCUCCCUCCAUCUCUCCCUCCCGCCAUCUCUCUAUUCCUUCUUUAUGGGGGAAAUGUGAGUGUUGACCUCCCUCCAUCUCUCUCUCUCUCCCUCCAUCUCCCCCUCCCUCCAUCUCUCCCUUCCUCCAUCUCUAUAUUCCUUCUUUAUGGUGGAAAUGUGAGUGUUGACCUCCCUCUAUCUCUCCCUCCCUCCGUCUCUCCCUUCCUCCAUCUCUCUAUUCCUUCUUUAUGGGGGAAAUGUGAGUGUUGACCUCCCUCCAUCUCUCCCUCCCUCCAUCUCUCCCUUCCCUCCAUCUCUCCCUUCCUCUCUCCCUCUCCCUCCAUCUCUCUGUCCCCUUCUUUAUGAAAGGAAAUAUGAGUGUUGACCUCCUUCCUCCCUCCAUCUCUCCCUCUCUCCAUCUCUCUGUCCUCUUUCCAUUCCUUCUUCACUGAUGGUGGCUACUGAUGUUCCCACAAGGCUUCCUCUCUAAAUAUCACACAACGAUUGAAAGCAGGCAUGUCCUAUUUGGCUUUAGGUGAUGAUAUUUAGAUGAAGAAGAGGGGCCGGGGUUGGUGUUUCCUUCAGUAUGAUACUCUUUCAGAUGCUGCAGGUGUUACUCUCGCAACUAUUCCCACAGUCAUGACUUCAUUGGCGAGUUCACCACCAGCUACAGAGAAUUCUCAAGAGGCCAGAGCCAGUUCAACGUCUAUGAGGUAAAAAAAGAAUGGUAACACUUAAAGCCUGCAACACUUAAGCAUGUAUCCCAGUGAGCACAAGACGUUGAAAGCCUUUUCAACAAAAAAAAAAAAAAAAAAAAAGCCUUUAUAAUGCCUUUAUAAAAAGGUUUAUAUUAUGUCAUGUCUCUCUAUGUAGGACAUUUUCAACUGACUCUACUGUUUAAAGGUGCACUAUGCAGAAAUCGGUCGCCAUUUCCUGGUUGCUAAAAAUUCAAGUAGUUUGUCUAAUUUCAGUUUAUGUGACAAAACAAGCAAGUAUAGUUUAGAGAAUCAUUGUACCAUCUAAACCGCUGUGAAAUAUAUUUUCCAUCACCAACAAUAUAGUUUUUUCAGCUGUUUGAAGCUGGUGUAUAAAACCGAAAGUAAAAGACGCAAAAACAAAACUUAAGAAUGGGAAGCAUAGAAAUAGCGCACAUAGAACAGCUUUACUGCUUCUUAGACUUGCUUACAAUGAGAAUGACAGAUCUUUUCACAUUUCUAUGUGAAUUUGGUCGGGUCUCCCAAAAAGUUACAUAUUGCAGCUUUAAGUACACAACCUCAGCUUCUGUUAUUACAGCUCUUACUGAAAUACAUCAACAACUGUUUGUCAUAUUGUAUCUUUAAUAAUGAGAUGAGCAGUGAAGCAUUUUUGUGAUUUUCCCAUUAAAGUUUCCCAAUUUCCAACUCUUACGACUACACUCACAUAUCCCCGCUAUGAAAAUAGUUAUUUUCCAUCCGUCUUCCCCAUCUUAUAAUAUGAAAUGUUAGAUUCGGUCCAUUUCUUUCCGUACCACACCUACAUACUCUAAAUGAUAGAGUGAAAUCAAACCAGUCCUCUUUUCUAAGACAUCUGUAUCAAUGUACACGUUUUCCCUUCUCUACCCGUUUUUGUCCAGGUUCUAAACCAUAAAAAGAAAGGCAAGAAGAAGAAGUACGUCAAUUCAGGGACAGUAAGUAUCGGUUGAGCUUUCCCAUGUCCACCUGUCUGUGUUGUAUAGAUAGGAUUCAUUGUUGUAUAGAUAGGAUUCAUUGCCAUUGUGAUAUGUCAUAUGCAGUAAACGUUUUGCUUUGCCCAUCUAUUUUUCUUCCCGCUCCCUCUUUCUCUCUCUCCAUCUCUCCCCUCUAUCACCCUGUUUCUCUCUGCCCUCUCUCCCUCUUUUUCUCUCUCCAUCUCUCCCCUCUAUCACCCUGUUUCUCUCUGCCCUCUCUCCCUCUUUCUCUAUCUCCAUCUCUCCCCUCUAUCACCCUGUUUCUCUCUGCCCUCUCUCCCUCUUUCUCUAUCUCCAUCUCUCCCCUCACCCCAUCUCUCUAUCCUCUGAAGGUGACACUGCUGUCCUUCAAAGUGGAGUCAGAAUACACAUUUGUGGACUUCAUCCGGGGAGGGUGAGCCAACUCUUAAUAAUGUUCCAUUAACGUUAGAGGCACUCUUAAUAACAUUCCAUUAACGUUAGAGACCACUCUUAAUAACGUUCCAUUAACGUUAGAGGCCACUCUUAAUAACGUUCCAUUAACGUUAGAGGCCACUCUUAAUAACGUUCCAUUAACGUUAGAGGCCACUCUUUAUAACGUUCAAUUAACGUUAGAGGCCACUCUUAAUAACGUUCCAUUAACGUUAAAGGCCACUCUUAAUAACGUUCCAUUAACGUUAGAGGCACUCUUAAUAACGUUCCAUUAACGUUAGAGGCCACUCUUAAUAACGUUCCAUUAACGUUAGAGGCCAUACUUAAUAAGGUUCCAUUAACGUUAGCGGCCACUCUUAAUAACGUUCCAUUAAUGUUAGAGGCCACUCUUAAUAACAUUCUAUUAACGUUAGCGGCCACUCUUAAUAACGUUCCAUUAACGUUAGAGUCCACUCUUAAUAACAUUCCAUUAAUGUUAGAGGCCACUCUUAAUAACGUUCCAUUAACAUUAGAGAGCACUCUUAAUAACGUUCCAUUAAUGUUAGAGGCCACUCUUAAUAAGACUCCAUUAACGUUAGAGGCCACUCUUAAUAACGUUCCAUUAACGUUAGCGGCCACUCUUAAUAACAUUCCAUUAAUGUUAGAGGCCACUCUUAAUAAUGUUCCAUUAACAUUAGAGGCCACUCUUAAUAACGUUCCAUUAAUGUUAGAGGCCACUCUUAAUAAGACUCCAUUAACGUUAGAGGCCACUCUUAAUAACGUUCCAUUAACGUUAGCGGCCACUCUUAAUAACGUUCCAUUAACGUUAGCGGCCACUCUUAAUAACAUUCCAUUAAUGUUAGAGGCCACUCUUAAUAAUGUUCCAUUAACAUUAGAGGCCACUCUUAAUAACGUUCCAUUAAUGUUAGAGGCCACUCUUAAUAACGUUCUAUUAACGUUAGCGGCCACUCUUAAUAACGUUCCAUUAACGUUAGAGUCCACUCUUAAUAACGUUCCAUUAAUGUUAGAGGCCACUCUUAAUAACGUUCCAUUAACAUUAGAGACCACUCUUAAUAACGUUCCAUUAACGUUAGCGGCCACUCUUUAUAACGUUCCAUUAACGUUAGAGGCCACUCUUAAUAACGUUGAUUAGCCGUUGACAGCUUACUCAGCCUAGCAUGCAUGUCUGAAAUUGUUUUGCGUUGUUUUAACAGACAAUAUCCUUUCUAGACUUCAUUAUGUUUUUGUCUGGUAAAAUUUUAGUUAUUCAUCGUAAUUCAUCAUUGUCUCACCAGGACGCAACUCAACUUCACAGUGGCCAUCGAUUUCACAGCGUCUAAUGGUAAGUGUAGCCAAAUUACUGAGACCGUUUGUUGUUUAUUAGCGUCUCUUUUAGGCUACUGAAGGACCAACGUUUCCCAAAAGUCCUUGUAAAAUAAUAUUAUGCUAACCUGUUGUCUAAAGCAGGGUUAUUUAACAUGGUAUAAUGCAUGGUAUAUUUAUGAAUAACAACAGAAUAAACCAAUUUUGAAUUACAUAUCUACAAAAUAAAAGAGGAGUAUAUCUUCUUUCUAAUGAUUAUUCUUAUUUUUUAUCAACUCCUAAUAUUGAGAAAUAACUACACUCAUUGGAGUAUCUGACAUAGCACCCAUGAGUACCAGUGCCGCUGGCUGCUGGUAAGCUUUCUUGUCUUGGACAUAUAUUUUUGCCAACACAUGGCUAACCUUUGUCUAACCAGCUGCUAUUAGCGAAAAUGUGUUUGGAGUUACUUUUCUAGCUAAUAGGCUAUGUUAGAGUUACACUUCCUCUUCCAAUUAUAAUGUGGGGAGGUCAAAAUAAUGAAAAACUAUCUACCAAAUGUAUUAAUUUUAAAAUGUUGAUUACUUCUCCUUGCCAUUCAACUGAUAAGACAAGACAUGCGCCCCCUAAAAAAAGUUGGCUAAGAUAUGAUUGGGUCCCAGGGCAAGAAAAGGUUGAAGACUCCUGGUCUAAAGCAGGGCCAAAUGUUGUUGACAAUAUUUUCCUAUCAAAUGAACAUCAGAUACUGCAAUGCUGACGCUCCUAGUAUGGGAAAGUAGAUGGAUUUGAACCACAAUCAUGUGGAUUUAGGUCAGCAUUCACCCUAGCAUACCACUUAGCUAGAUCAAUGUAUUAAAAACGCCUUUAUAAGACAAGUAGUAUGGUAGUGUGGAACGGACCCUAUUUGGCCCAUGCCUUUCUUGUAUUUGAUAGGUGGGUUUUGUAUUUCUUAUGUUGUGUAGGACUCAUUUGAAAAUUCUGGGUUUCAAUAUGACUUCCCUGUCUAAAAAAUAAAACAUGUAUGCUCUGUUGCUGUGUUCCAGGUAACCCAUCCCAGCCCACCUCUCUGCACUACAUGAGUCCCUACCAGAUGAAUGCCUACGCCAUGGCCCUGAAGGCUGUGGGGGAGAUCAUCCAGGACUACGACAGUGACAAGAUGUUCCCCGCCUAUGGCUUUGGAGCCAAGCUGCCACCGGACGGCAAGAUCUCCCAUGCCUUCCCACUGGUGAGAGAAAGGGGGAGGGAGAGAGAGGGAGUGAGAAUGAUACAAUUCUCUACCAGUGUUUUAUUGUGUUCACGAUGGACUUAGUGUGGGGAAUGCUCAGGCACCGUUUCAUUUAUUGCAAAGAGGUGCUGGUAGUUCUUCCUGCAGUUUUACUGAUCCACAGAAGGGUCCUCAGUCCUUGGAAGUAUAUAAAUACUUUUUUACAACAACGUCCCUUCUGUAAUGUGUUUUUACUGAUGUGAAGUUGCCAUCCACAUUGCUUUCUUUAUUCAUACACUUCCAUUUAUGGAUAAGAGUUCAUAUCAAACAAGAGUCAGAAACUAAAAUAAUGUACAGCAUACGGUGCCUUCGGUAAGUAUUCAGACCCCUUGACUUUUUCCACAUUUUGUUACGUUACAGCCUUAUUCUAAAUUGGAAUUAAAUAAAUAAAAAUGUCAUCAAUAUACACACAAUACCCCAUACAGGUUUUUAGACAUUUUUGCAAAUGUAUUAAAAAUAAAAAAAACUGAAAUACCUUAUUUACAUAAGUAUUCAGACCCUUUGCUAUGAGACUCGAAAUUGAGCUCAGGUGCAUCCUGUUUCCAUUGAUCAUCCUUGAGAUGUUUCUACAACUUGAUUGGAGUCCACCUGUGGUAAAUUAAAUUGAUUGGACAUGUUUUGGAAAGGCACACACCUGUCUACAGUGCAUUCGGAAAGUAUUCAGACCCCUUCCCUUUAUCCACAUUUUGUUAUGUUACAGCCUUAUUCUAAAAUGAAUUAAAUAAAUGUUUUUCCUCAUCAAUCUACACACAAUACCCCAUAAUGACAAAGCGAAAACAGGUUUUUAGAUGUUUACAAAUGUAUAUAAAAAUAAAAAAAACAGAUACCUUAUUUACAUAAGUAUUCAGACCCUUUACUAAGAGACUCGAAAUUGAGCUCAGGUGCAUCCUGUUUCCAUUGAUCAUCUUUGAGAUGUUUCCACCUGUGGUAAAUUCAAUUGAUUGGACAUGAUUUGGAAAGGCACACACAUGUCUAUAUAAGGUCCCACAGUUGACAGUGCAUGUCAGAGCAAAAACCAAGCCAUGAGGUCGAAGGAAUUGUCCAUAGAGAUCUGAGACAGGAUUGUGUUGAGGCACAGAUCUGGGGAAGGGUACCAAAAAAUGUUUGCAGCAUUGAAGAUCCCCAAGAACACAGUGGCCUCCAUUCUUAAAUGGAAGAAGUUUGGAACCACCAAGACUCUUCCUAGAGCUGGCUGCCCGGCCAAACUGACCAAGAACCCGAUGGUCACUCUGACAGAGCUCCAGAGUUCCUCUGUGGAGAUGGGAGAACCUUCCAGAAGGACAACCAUCUCUGCAGCACUCCACCAAUCAGGCCUUUAUGGAAGAGUGCCCAGAUGGAAUCCACUCCUCAGUCAAAGGCACAUGACAGCCCGUUUGGAGUUUGCCAAAAGGCACCUAAAGGACUCACAGACCAUGAGAAACAAGAUUCUCUGGUCUGAUGAAACCAAGAUUGAACUCUUUGGUCUGAAUGCCAAGCGUCUGGAGGAAACCUGGCACCUGGUGAAGCAUGGUGGUCGCAGCAUCAUGCUGUGGGGAUGUUUUUCAGCGGCAGGGACUGGGAGACUAGUCAGGAUUGAGGCAAAGAUUAAUGGAGGAAAGUACAGAGAGAACCUUGAUGAAAACCUGCUCCAGAGCGCUCAGGACCUCAGACUGGGGCGAAGGUUCACCUUCCAACAGGACAGCGACCCUAAGCACACAGCCAAGACAACGCAGGAGUGGCUUCGGGAUAAGUCUCUGAAUGUCCUUGAGUGGCCCAGCCAGAGCCCGGAAUUGAGCCUGAUCGAACAUCUCUGGAGAGACCUGAAAAUAGCUGUGCAGUGACGCUCCCCAUCCAACCUGACAGAGCUUGAGAGGAUCUGCAAAGAAGAAUGGGAUAAUUUUCACCUUUAUUUAACCAGGUAAGCCAGUUGAGAACAAGUUCUCAUUUACAACUGCGACCUGUUGUGUAGAUUGAUGAGGAAAAUAAACAAUUUAAUCAAUUUUAGAACAAGGCUGUAACGUAACAAAAUGUGGAAAAAGUCAAGGGGUCUGAAUACUUUCCGAAUGCACUGUAUGUAUCCAUCUGUCGGGCUCAGAUGCAAGACCUUGCAGUGCGUUGAAAUAGACUAUUUCUGAGUAGUGAAGACCAUCUUCUGUACAUCCCCUAUAUCAAUUUGUAUCCAAGGCUGACUGAAGCUCCAAGCCAAAUCUAUUAUUUUCUUAGCAAUGAAAAUACAGUUAACUGUGAAAUACUUGAUUUUGUAAACUGAAAUUCUCCCAAUACCUAUCUGUGUUAUGCCUACUGACAUGAGGCACUCAUACUUCUAUACUACAUAACAUCAUUGCAUAAGGAACAUACAUCGUCAGAAGGCAAAAGGUCAGUAUUGCCUUGAUUCAGUGCUGAGUUUCCUUAGUUUCUGGGAUUUUCUGUGAAGUCUGACAAUGACUCUAUCCACCCCUACAGCCCACAUGAAUGACACCGUGAACACAUUACCUUAACAUGGGGUAGUAAAGUCAUGAAGAACACGAAAACCUCUAAAUAUGUCAACACAAAACACAAAUUGCAGCACCGUUGUGUAAGCCAAGUAGUUCUGUGAAGUGUUUGAACAAGGGUAGAUGAAAAAACCUUGUGAGUCAGAAAAUGGCUCGAAGAGAAAGAAAAUAAAUCCAUCUGUUUGUUGCGGAAAAGUGCGAACCAAACGAGGGACCAGACAGAUGCGGAGACCGGAAUAGACUUUGGAGGACGUAGCACUUAGCUUAGCAUCAUGAACUGAUGAGGAAAGAACAACAAACAGUAAACACUAAAAGCACAAAAACAAAAAAAAUCUCCUCAGAUUCUAGACGUCUACUAUCUCCCUGGACAGACGUAAAACAAAAAGAGGAGGAAUUCUUGAACAAAGAAGAGUAAAAAAACAAAAUGAGUUUUAUUUUCAGCAACAACAAAAAUCCCAAAGCUGGAGGAAUUCGCCUUAAAGAAGUCUCCUUCACGUGAAGGAAAUUAUACAAAGGUCGAAGCAAAACAACACAGUGGACUGUAAGGAAAAUGGACAAUAAAGUACUUAUUCUCCAUUUAAAUUGCCCUCUAUAGGUAGCAAUGUUUUCAAAGUACUAUGCCCUUUGAUCUUGAUGACAGGCUUAUAACGUAGCGUUCUACGCUAACAUUUUAGUUCAGCACUUGUGUAUGUUGCGGUAUGUCUGGUUGAGAGGGUUAUGAAGUGCUAUGACAAUGUUAUGAAGCCUGUACAAGCAAUGGUUGCUGCAGUAAUGGUUGAUACAGAUGUGUGAUACAAGUCAUGUCUCACCCAAUUCUCAUUGUGCAAAUAAAGUAAGUUUGAGCUGGCCGUCUGUAAAAUGUAGAAUCAUAACUUUCUACUAUACUUUCUGUCCCAUGAAGUCUGUCCCAUAAGGUCAAUGAUAGUCAUGUCACAACAAUGUGUCAGUGUGCAUUUGUGGCUAGUUAUACAACCUGUUUUACCAGCUACAGUUGCGGACACCAAAAAAGUGUGUUGCACAUCUGCCAUCUGUCUCUUCUUUUAACGUGUUAAUUUCUUCCUUUUAAUUAGGUUUCUCUUCAAAGAGAAUGAGGAAGAUCAGACGGCAGUUCACUCGUUUUUCACAGAUGGACUUUAAUAAAGGCCUGAAGAACACUCUUUUCUCCUGGCCGGACAGGGCUUAAAGCAGACUCAGUCUUUUACGUUGGCUGAAUGACUGUUGGCUAUUUAACGUGUUUGUAUUAUGUGACAAUAAAUUCAUUUUUGGGAACAGACAUAUUGUUUGCUGGAUUAUUUUUGUUCUUGUGUCUGAUUUACCAGACGAGGGCAUUUCUCUUUUUCACAUUGUCUAAAGAAAAUAUUCAGCAACUUCAAUUCUCCCAUUACCUUUCAGUCCUGUGUUAUGCCUACUGACAUGAGGCAAAAAGAAAACACUGAUACUCGCAUACUUCAUAUAUAACAUCAUUGUUUAAUGAACGUGCAUUGUCAGAAGCAUACGUCAUCAUACAUCGUCACAACGGACGUUGACUUCAUAAAGACUUCUUCUUCUACAGAACUCCAACAGUGAGAACCCUAACUGUGUGGGGAUCGAGGGAGUGUUGGAGGCGUACUUCCAGAGUCUCCGCACCGUUCAGCUCUAUGGACCCACCAACUUCGCUCCUGUCAUCAACCAGGUGGCACGGUGA